AUGGCCGCUUUCGACAAGUCUCUCAUCACCCGCAGCGAGGUCGCUGUCAACCACCUCAUGAAGCGCAAGAACUGGGCUGCCCGGGAACCCGGUGUCAUCCUUGUCUUCGCCAUCAUCGGUGCCGUUGCCAUCCUGUUGCUCAGUCUUUUCAUCCACAAGAAGAUCACCGCCCGCCGUGCCGCCAAAGCAUAG